UUUUUUAUUUAUUUUAAGAUCGAAGUUCUUCCGGGUUUCCACUUCUCAGCCUCCUUUGCUUUUCGUGCCGUGAGCCUGUGACAGCUACGGGGAAGAGACGAUGAUUCUGGUGACCGGUGCUUCUGGUUACCUCGGCGGCAAUAUCUGUCGCGCACUCAUUGCCGAUGGUCACACCGUUAGGGCGUUCGUGCGGCGCAGCAGCGAUCUCAGUUGCCUCGGUAUCGGCGGCGAUGGAGAUGGAAGAGAAGGUAUGGAUUCCUCUCUGGAGCUUGCAUACGGAGACAUUACUGACCUCCCAUCCCUGCUUGAGGCCUGCGCUGGCUGCGAUGUCAUAUUUCACACCGCGGCCCUUGUGGAGCCCUGGCUUCCGGACCCUUCCAGAUUAAUCUCGGUAAAUGUGGGUGGCUUAAGAAACAUUUUACAGGCAUCCAAAGAGACAAAGACAAUCAAGAAAAUAAUAUAUACAUCAUCCUUUUUUGCUCUUGGCUUCACUGAUGGCUAUGUUGCAGAUGAGCAACAGGUCCAUCAAGGCAAGCUAUUUUGCACCGAAUAUGAGAAAUCGAAGGUCAUUGCAGACAAGAUUGCAUUGGAUGCUGCUACUAAUGGUGCUCCUAUUGUUCUUCUUUAUCCAGGAGUCAUCUAUGGAUCAGGAAGGCUUACAACUGGAAAUAUUCUUGCACAUAUACUAAUAGAACGUUUCAAUGGGCGUUUACCGGGUUACAUAGGCCAUGGAAAUGAUGUUUUAUCAUUUGUACAUGUAAAAGAUUUGGUCUCUGCACAUAUAGCUGCAAUGCAUAAAGGUCAGGUUGGUGAAAGGUAUCUGCUCACUGGAGAAAAUGCUUCUUUAGCGCAUGUUUUUGAUAUUGCUGCAGCCAUCACAAAAACAAGCAAGCCGAGAAUUCACAUUCCUUUGUGGCUGAUAGAACUUUAUGGCUGGAUAACAGUUUUCUUUGCUAGAAUGACUGGCAGACUCCCUCUAAUCAGUUACCCAACCGUGAGGGUUUUGAAGCAUCAAUGGGCAUAUUCAUGCCAGAGGGCAAGAGAUCAGUUGGGCUAUUGUCCUAGAAGCUUGAAUGAAGGCAUGGCAGAGGUGCUUCCUUGGCUCAGAGGUUUGGGGUUGAUAAAAUACUAAGUAAUGUUUCUUUUCUUACAUCAAAUUCCAUGGUGGCUUUUGUACCGGAGUACUUUUGUUUGCAACAAAUCAGAAUCCUGAAGACAACGUGAAUGGAGUGGGCCAUGCUGUAUAUUGGUAAGUUGAAGUUUUCAUAAUGAAAAUAAAAUCAAGUACUUUUAUUGCUGUGAAGUAUUCAUGGGUUAAUGUUCUUAAACGAGCUCCGCCUAUGUUGGCAUAAGCUAUAAAAAAAGAGAGGAUUUCCUGAAAAAUAAUAUCAGGAUAGAAUGAUAUUUGAUUAAAAUGGAGCUAUGAACCCAUUAAAUUUCUUUUUUUCGGGCUCUUUGAUUGAUUGAA